UGCGCUGCGUUGACGUGCGCGCGCUCGCAACUUGAUCUCUCGGCGGCGUGACCGUAAAGAGUCACGGCCGUGUCGUGAAAGGGGCUGCAACACGCAGGGCGCUGGUUGACGGCGGGGACUCCAUUUUGUUCGCCGCUUCUCUGCUCCAGACGUCGGUCGUGCGGUUCCGGAGAGCGGGCGAAAUGCGGCCCUUGGACAUCGUCGAGCUGGCAGAGCCGGAGGAAGUGGAGGUGCUGGAGCCCGAGGAGGACUUCGAGCAGUUCCUGCUGCCCGUCAUCCACGAGAUGCGCGAGGACAUCGCGGCGCUGAGCCGGCAGCGCGGCCGGGCGCCCCUGCGGAACCGCAGCAAGCUGUGGGAGAUGGACAAUAUGCUCAUCCAGAUCAAGACGCAGGUGGAGGCCUCGGAGGAGAGCGCGCUGAACCACCUGCAGAGCGCGGGCGACGGCGGCGAGGGCCGGGCGGCCAGGCGGGGCGAGCGGGCCGAGGAGAAGGCCCGGGAGGUGGCGAAGAUGGCCGAGAUGCUGGUGGAGCUGGUGCGGCGGAUAGAGCGGAGCGAGUCGUCGUGAGGAGCGGCGGCGGUUUACAGCCAAUGGAUUCGGGUCCACUGGUGGAGAUUGGCUGACACCCUGGAGAAGCUGAAACCGGAGAGCCUUUUGUUUUCUCUUUUUCCUCUGUCUACACUCUGUCCUCACUUACACUACGUUUCUGCUAUGGUCUGUGGUUGACGACCUCAACAUGAGUUCCGACUGUUCAAUGUUUUCGUUUCGGGAAGUUACUUUUAUUUGGGGAACGCGCUCACAUACGGGAAUUAGGGCCCAGAUUGUAAGCUCUUGCGGCAGUCACUCGUGUUCCUGGGUUUUGGUUGUUUCUGGAUUUUGAGAUGCUUUGCUCUUUCUUGUGUGACCUGAUAGCUCCCUGGGACUUUGGGUCCGUGUGUGACACGGGACUCGGAGUUGGAGUCUCCGCUCUGGAGGUGCUGGAGGAGCUGCACUGCUUCUGGAAGACAACUCUGCAGCAGCUGCCGGCGAAGCUGAAGAAGGGACCCGGCGUCAACUGGAGUGUGAACGGGCCGACCUGGCUAGGACUGAUGAGUCAGAGGGCUGGAGGGUGGCAUUGCCUGUGUGUUGGGACUCUAAUUUCUGUGUGAGACCAAAGGAGGAGAGACGUAUUUUGUUCAAACUUUAAAUGUUAUGUGGCACACUAUCUGACGUAACCUGUCUGGUCAGUCUGUUUGGACAACCUAAUUCAGUUUUAUUUGACCUGGAACCUAGGAUAGGAGAUGAGAUCUUAGUAUUUUCUACAAGUUGAUGCAAUACCCUGGUACAUUUCAGGGGAUUCUGGGCAUAAAGUGAAAGGUAUCUGCAAUGGCCCUUGAGGGGUUGGGGAAGGAGAGCAAGGACUGGCUGCAUUGGACCCAAAACUGGACAGAGGCUAGGCAUCUUCAAGGUUCAUGAGUUGUCCAGCUAUAAAUUCAUUUGAGUAGCAGACCUGACAAGUUUUUGAGGUCAAAACCCUACCAUGUGUAAAAAAAGAAAUUACCAUGUUAAUAAAAGUAUUCAUUUCGCUUGGAAAGACAAAAGACAUAAGAA